GCGGCGAGAGGGCAGCAGGUGCGGAGCCAGAGACGGACGCGGAACGGGCGUGUCCCAAGCCCAGGCCCGGACAGGAGAAAGGACCCGCGCCCUGCGGCCUCCCCGGGACCCCGCAGCGCCCCCCGCUUCCCUCGGCGGCGCCGGAAGCCGCCGGCUGGUCCCCUCCCCGCGGCGCCUGUAGCCUUAUCUCUGUGCCCUGAGGGCCCCGGGAGGAGCCGCGGGCGCGCCGGGAGGGACGGGCGGCGGCAUGGGCCGGGGGCCCUGGGAUGCGGGCCCGUCUCGCCGCCUGCUGCAGCUGUUGCUGCUGCUCGGCCUGGCCCGCGGCGCCGCGGGAGCGCCGGGCGCCGACGGUUUAGAUGUCUGUGCCACUUGCCAUGAACAUGCCACAUGCCAGCAAAGACAGGGGAAGAAGAUCUGUAUUUGCAACUAUGGAUUUGUAGGGAACGGGAGGACUCAGUGUGUUGAUAAAAAUGAGUGCCAGUUUGGAGCCACUGUUGUCUGUGGGAACCACACAUCUUGCCACAACACCCCCGGGGGCUUCUAUUGCAUUUGCCUGGAAGGAUAUCGAGCCACAAACAACAACAAGACAUUCAUUCCCAACGAUGGCACCUUUUGUACAGACAUAGAUGAGUGUGAAGUUUCUGGCCUGUGCAGGCAUGGAGGGCGAUGCGUGAACACUCGUGGGAGCUUUGAAUGCUACUGUAUGGAUGGAUACUUGCCAAGGAAUGGACCUGAGCCUUUCCACCCAACCACCGAUGCCACAUCAUGCACAGAAAUAGACUGUGGUACCCCUCCUGAGGUUCCAGAUGGCUAUAUCAUAGGAAAUUAUACGUCUAGGCUGGGCAGCCAGGUUCGUUAUGCUUGCAGAGAAGGAUUUUUCAGUGUUUCGGAAGAUACAGUUUCAAGCUGCACAGCCCUGGGCACAUGGGAGUCCCCAAAAUUACAUUGCCAAGAGAUCAACUGUGGCAACCCUCCAGAAAUGCGGCACGCCAUCUUGGUAGGAAAUCACAGCUCCAGGCUGGGCGGUGUGGCUCGCUAUGUCUGUCAAGAGGGCUUUGAGAGCCCUGGAGGAAAGAUCACUUCUGUUUGCACAGAGAAAGGCACCUGGAGAGAAAGUACUUUAACAUGCACAGAAAUUCUGACAAAGAUUAAUGAUGUAUCAGUGUUUAAUGAUACCUGUGUGAGAUGGCAAAUAAACUCAGGAAGAAUAAACCCCAAGAUCUCAUAUGUGAUAUCCAUAAAAGGACAACGGUUGGACCCUAUGGAAUCAGUUCAUGAGGAGACAGUCAACUUCACCACAGACAGCAGGACCCCAGAAGUGUGCCUAGCCCUGUACCCAGGCACCAACUACACUGUGAACAUCUCCACAGCACCUCCCAGGCGCUCGGUGCCAGCUGUCGUCGGUUUCCAGACAGCUGAAGAUGAUCUCUUAGAAGAUAAUGGAAGGUUCAAUAUUUCAAUAUUUAAUGAAACUUGUUUGAAAUUGAACAGGCGUUCUAGGAAAGUUGGAUCAGAACACAUGUACCAAUUUACCGUUCUCGGUCAGAGGUGGUAUCUGGCUAACUUUUCUCACGCAACGUCAUUUAACUUCACAACGAGGGAACAAGUGCCUGUAGUGUGUUUGGAUCUGUACCCUAUGACUGAUUAUACGGUGAAUGUGACCCUGCUGAGAUCUCCUAAGCUGCACUCAGUGCAAAUAACAAUAGCAACUCCCCCAGCAGUAAAACAGAUCAUCAGUAACAUUUCAGGAUUUAAUGAAACCUGCUUGAGAUGGAGAAGCAUCAAGACAGCUGAGAUGGAGGAGAUGUAUUUAUUCCACAUUUGGGGCCAGCGAUGGUAUCAGAAGGAAUUUGCCCAGGAAAUGACCUUUAAUAUCAGUAGCAGCAGCCGAGAUCCCGAGGUAUGCUUGGACCUGCGUCCGGGUACCAACUACAAUGUCAGUCUCCGGGCUCUGUCUUCGGAACUUCCUGUGGUCAUCUCCCUGACAACCCAGAUAACAGAGCCUCCCCUUCCGGAAGUAGAAUUUUUUACGGUGCACGGAGGACCUCUACCACGCCUCAGACUGAGGAAAGCCAAGGAGAAAAAUGGACCAAUCAGUUCAUAUCAGGUGUUAGUGCUUCCCUUGGCCCUCCAAAGCACAUUUUCUUGUGAUUCUGAAGGCGCUUCCUCCUUCUUUAGCAACGCCUCUGAUGCUGAUGGAUACAUGGCUGCAGAACUACUGGCCAAAGAUAUUCCAGAUGAUGCCAUGGAGAUACCUAUAGGAGACAGGCUGUACUAUGGGGAAUAUUAUAAUGCACCCUUGAAAAGAGGGAAUGAUUACUGCAUUAUAUUACGAAUCACAAGUGAAUGGAAUAAGGUGAGAAGACACUCCUGUGCAGUUUGGGCUCAGGUGAAAGAUUCGUCACUCACGCUGCUGCAGAUGGCGGGUGUUGGACUGGGCUCCCUGGCUGUUGUGAUCAUUCUCGCAUUCCUCGCCUUCUCAGCGGUGUGAUGGCAGAUGGACACUGAAUGAGGAGGAUGCACUGCUACUGGGGCAGGUGUUCUGGCAGCUUCUCAGGUGCCCACACAGAGGCUCCGUGUGACGUCCAUCCAGGGAGCAUGUGGGCCUGCAACUUUCUCCAUUCCCAGCUGGGCCCCAUUCCUGGAUUCAAGAUGGUGGCUAUCCCUGGGGAGUCACCCAUAAGGAGAAAACUCAGGAAUUCUGAGUCUUCCCUGCUACAGGACCAGUUCUGUGCAAUGAACUUGAGACUCCUGAUGUACACUGUGAUAUUGACCAAAGUCUACAUACAGAUCUGUGAAUCUUGGCUGGAACUUCCUCUGAGUGAUGCCUGAGGGUCAGCUCCUCUAGACAUUGACUGCAAGAGAAUCUCUGCAACCUCCUAUAUAAGCAUUUCUGUUAAUUCAUUCAGAAUCCAUUCUUUACAAUAUGCAGUGAGAUGGGCUUAAGUUUGGGCUAGAGUUUGACUUUAUGAAGGAGGUCAUUGAAAAAGAGAACAGUGAUGUAGGCAAAUGUUUCAAGCACUUUAGAAACAGUACUUUUCCUAUAAUUAAUUGAUGUACUAAUGAGAAAAUAUACUAGCCUGGCCAUGCCAAUGAGUUUCCUGCUGUGUCUGUUAGGCAGCAUUGCUUUGACGCAAUUUCUAUUGUCCUAUAUAUUCAAAAGUAAUGUCUACAUUUCCAGUAAAAAUAUCCCGUAAUUAAGAUUGUUCUUCCCUUGGUUAAUUUUUCUGUUACUAAGCGUCUUCUAAAAAUUCUCUUUGCCCCCUGUUAGAAACUGAGAUUUGGUGGUAGUGUAGUAACAGUGCUUAAAACAGUAUUGAGCCCACGGCCAGACUACAGGCCAUGUGUGUUUCAGGGGAGGGGUUGCCAUAGAGGGUGACACUUCUUUUAUCUAAACUUCAGUAACUAUGAAUGUUACUACAUUAUGAACCAUGAAACAUUAGAUAUAAGCGGUGCUGGGCCUACUGUGAAUAUGCUAAGUUGACAGAUGGAGUCUAUAGAUUUUACUUUUAAAUCAUGAAUUGGCAUUCUUUUCUUUUUCCUUUUUUUUUUUUUUGAGAUGGACUCCCACUCUUUUGCCCAGGCUGGAGGGAAGUGGUGUGAUCUCAGCUCACUGCAACCUCUGCCUCCUGGGUUCAAGUGAUUCUCCUGCCUCAGCCUCCCAUGUAGCUGGGACUACAGGUCCCCCCACCAUGCCCAGCUAAUUUUUGUAUGUUUAGUAGAGAUGGGGUUUCACCAUGUUGGCUAGGGUGGUUUCAAACUCCUAAUCUCAGUUGAUUUGCCUGCCUUUGCCUCCCAAAGUGCUGAGAUUACAGGUGUGAGCCACACGCCCGGCGCUAACUAACAAUUUAACUCCAAGACUCAGUAAGAAACGAAUGGGGAAGGAAAGACAAAGGCUUCUGGCAUCUCUCUUUCUCCCUUGCCUGCUAGGCCUAGAGAAGAAAAACCGUGGAGGAGGGGAGGUGAUACUGCACAGCCUCAAGAUGCAGCAUAGACGAAUGCAGUUCUUAGCAAAAGGAAAGGGCUUCCCAAUGCAGUGGGCUGGUGUGUUCACCGGCUUGCUGGGUGUCAGUGAGGGAUGACUCUGAGUGCCUUGGGCUUAUGGGCAGAUGAAGAGACAAGAGGAACAAACACAAACUGCCCAUGUAGCUGCUCCACCCCAGGGAGUCCAGAGUGUAUCCGCUCUAUUGGGAAGAAUUAGAGAGAAGGGAGUAAUAUCCUGACACUCAGGUGUUCAAUGCCAGCUGUCAGCCCCUGGCCCCUGCCAGUGUUAGGAAUUAUUUCCCUGUCCUCUGGGGUACUGCCCUCCGACGACAACUUAGGAUCAGCAUUUAAAACCCUUUCUGCGCUCAUCUUAGGUAAAUUAUAGACCAGAACGGCUCUAUAAUGGGGACAAGUCCCCAUCCUAACCCCCAGAGACCGUUUCUCUCAAUAGAUGAAUACAAAUAGCUCUCAAUUUUUAAUUUUUAUGUGCAAUAAUGCAAAAUACUUUUUUUUUUUUUUGAGACGGAGUCUCGCUCUUUCUCCCAGGCGGGAGUGUAGUGGUGCUAUCUCGGCUCACUGCAAGCUCCGCCUCCCGGGUUCACGCCAUUCUCCUGCCUCAGCCUCUGGAGUAGCUGGGACUACAAGCACCCGCCACCGCGCCCAGCUAAUUUUUUGUAUUUUUAGUAGAGAUUGGGUUUCACCGUGUUAGCCAAGAUGGUCUCGAUCUCCUGACCUCAUGGUCCACCCACCUUAGCCUCCCAAAGUGCUGGUAUUACAGGCAUGAACCACCGCGCCCGGCCGCAAACAUACUAUUUUUAUAGCUCCUGAAUGAAAUUGGGUAUCAAUACAAAUUACUGUGGUUAGUGUAGGGCUGGGCCUCUGAUGAGCGAGGAUCUUUCCUCAAAGCCCACCUUUGUCCAAAGAGAGAAUCUGAGCCUCCCCUUGACUUAUUUUAUUUUUUGCCAGUUUUGUAAAUGCUGUAUGCUUCCAUACUACCCCCUUCCCUAAUUUCCAGCUCUAGAAUUAACUGCCAAAGAUACAGUUGUCCACAUGGAAUGUAGUAUAAUUGUAAUAGAAAGGAAGAAAUCUCCCUUGCUUCGUAUUAAAAGUUUCUGGUUAAAAUAACUGACUAAAUAUUAAGUAAAACAUCACCUUCUGGGUACAAUGCAGAAAAGUAAAAGCAGUUCAUAUAAGAUUACUAAACUUUGGGAGGCCUUCAAGACCAGUCCUGGCAACAUAGCGAGACCCCAUGUCUGCAAAAAAAGUUUUAAAAAUUAGCCGGGCAUGGUGGCGUGCACUUGUAGUCCCAGCUACUCAGGAGGCUGAGGCAGGAGGAUCGCUUGAGACCAGGAGUUUGAGGUUGCAGUGAGCCAUGGUCACACCACUGCACUCCCACCUGGGUGACAGAGGGAGAUCCAAAAAAAUUUACUAAAAUAGCAAAAACGUGGACUUUGGGAUUUCCUCUAACUGCUGCAAAUUAUAACACAGAAUUGCUCAGUGUUAAUACUUGAAUUGUGGGGCCAAGUCUUCCGGCUGCCCUAGUUCUCUUUUCUGGCAUUUGAAAGCCCUUGAGCUAGCUAUGGAGCUAAUCUUUGGACAGUCUUUUUGGUUCCCAGGAAUGUCAGGCCUUUGAAUUUCCAAUCUAUAUAUAUACAGAGUGUGUGUAUGUAUACCUGUCUUUCACUGUAAGGCACCUCCACCCAUCCCUUCUAGAAGGAGCCACAAACAACCAAGCAAAUGGAUGGAGGUUAAUUAAGGGGAAGAGGAAAUAGUCUGUUCUCUGACUCAAGACCUGAAAUUGCAGUGGGGCACGUAAGGUAAGACCAGAGCAGAAGUGAUUAUCUUGAAAUUCCACUUUAGCUUGGAAUAAAGUUAAUAUUUAAAUUGAUUUUAAAGGAAAUAAAACAGAACAUUCAGUGUUCCCUUUUCCUUGCUAAUCUCACAUUCUGAUUUUCUAAACCUUCUGUUUUCCCAUUCUUUUCUUCUAAGAGGAACUCAAUGGUCUCACAGAAGUCAAUCAAAUAGCGUUGUAAGAACCUUUUACCUACCACAUCCUUUGUUGGUUAGACUGAACCAACAAAGCAGUGCCAGCUUCUGGGGAGGAAGGGCGUGGCCUUUUCUGUGCCCCAGUUUGUGGGAGGGUGAGUCAAUGAAGCAAGUCAAUUUAAAAGGCAAUGUGUGCUCUUGUUUCAGAGAGAGUGAAUCCUUUCGGUGGUGGUGGUGGAGUGUGUGUGUGGUGGGUGGAGGUUGGGGCAUGCACAUCUAGAUCCAUACUUUUUGGGCUCAACUCAGGGUUACCAAAAUAGAGUCAAACUCAACUCAGGAUUACCCAAAUGGAGUCAAAUUGUGUGUGUGGUUUUGUAACAUGAUUCUUUCACUCAUCAUUUCCCGGCCACAUUUUUCAUGUCACUCAUGACUGCAUUAUAAGUUUGUACCAUAAUUCAUUUAACCAAUACUCUGUUGAGCAUUUAGAAUAUUUUCAGAUGUUUAUUGUCCUUAUAAAAUCUGUAUGAAGGUAUGCAAUUAUCACUUAGGCCACAUUCCUGGAAGUAAAAUUGUUGGAAUGGAAACUGUGUACAUUUUACAGUGCAGAUUGCUGGAAGAGUUUUAUGCAAAAAUUUACACAAAAAUUUACACUCUCACCAGCAGAAAGCCUCAACGCCACUGAGUGCUGUUGUAUUGUUAAUCUUGAUUAAUCUGGUAUGUGAAGAAGGAUGUUUCAAUGUUUUGUCUGCGUCUCUCUGAUUAUUUUGCUUGUUGAUGGGCCAAUUGUUAAUUCUGUCUUUGUGAGUUGUCUUUUUCUCAGUACUUGGCCUAUUUGUCUUUGAUUUGAAAAAGCUCUUUAUAUUGUAGUAAUUUUAAUUUCUGUCAUAUAUUUUGUAAACAAUUUUUCUAGUUUAUAAUUUUUCAACCUUGUUUGUAUUAUAUUUUGCCACACAAAAAUUUUAAAUUUGUAUAGUCAAAUUUAUCAGUCUUUUUCCUUAUGUUGGACCUUCUAAUCUCAAGGUACUAAAUAUAAUCUAGCAUUUUUUUAAACAUUUAAAAUUUUUAAUCCAUCUAUAAUUUAUUUAAGGAUAGGGAGUGAGGCAGGGGAAGGUAUCUUCUUAAAUAAAAAUCAUUGCUAAA